CUUUCUUCCGCCGAUUGACCUGCAGAAAAGGAGCACAGAGUGGCAGCACAGGAAAGCGCCCUUGUGGGCAGGGUAUCUGAAGGCUGUGAUGAGUACCGGCAAGCUCCUAAUGAGGCCCCUUGGGCUGUGCAGGGGCCGAUUGUCACUAGGGUCAGCUGCAAGGCUGCGUAAGCUUGCGGCGGGGGAUAGCAUUUCCUGCUGGGGGCCUUCGGCAUUUGCAAAAGCGGUCGAUGGCAGGGGUGGUGGGACUUGCCACCUUCAUAUGAAAAACAAUGUGGAGAAUGCGAGUGUGGUUCGUGCAAAAAGAGGGGACUUUCUUGGUUCAAGCCCCUUUGCAGCCCAAAGACAGCCCACAUUGCCAGUUGUCAUUACCACUGAUCGCCGUGCAUAUUCAGCUGUCAGGAGUAUGCACACUGAGGCUGGAGGGGAAGCCGCUUUAAGUGACCGAAAAUCUUCCAACCGAGAGCAUAGGGAAAGUGCAGGACGUCGUCCAAAAAAAGCAGCGGUGGUCGAACCACCACCGCGCAAGUUGAGGGUCGAGAAAGGGUUCACUUCAUCUGAGGACGGCCCGAGCACCAGCGGAAGGGACACAGUUGAAUCCGCUCGACCAGGGAAGAACGGACGGGGCACCGGUGCCUUCAAAACGUCCGGCCCGAAACCCCCCCGAAACUUCUCCGCCCCCCGGAACCCUAAUGCUGAGCGCAGCGCAGUGUAUGAGAUGCUGGAGGGGCGUGGCAAGGCGCCCAAGAAGUCGCUCGGGCAGAACUUCGUGAUUGAUGCUGAUGUCAUCCGGCGGGUGGUUGCGGCCGCUGGGGUCGGGCCGGGGGACGUGGUGUUGGAGAUCGGUCCAGGGACGGGGAAUCUGACGAAAGCUUUAGCGGAGGCGGGAGCGGCGAAGGUGAUAUCGGUGGAGAAAGACGGGGAGCUUGCGGCGAUGCUAGCAACGGCCUGGGAGGGGUCUGACCAAGUCCUCGUUGAAGAAGCAGACGUCUUGCGCUGGCCCUUCGAGGAGCGCUUGCGCCCGUUCCUCGCUCCCGGUCAGCGCGCAAAGUGCGUUGCUAACCUCCCGUACAACAUCACGACGUCCGCGCUCAAGAAACUCCUCCCGCUAGGCUCUCUCUUCUCUAGUUGCACGCUGAUGCUCCAAGAGGAAGCCGCAGAACGAUUAGUGAACGCUUCUCCGGGGGACUCGGAAUAUAGGGCGAUGAGUUUCUUCGUGAACUUUUACGCGGAGCCGAGGAUCAGUUUCCGGGUAGGCAAAGCCUCGUUCACGCCGCAGCCGAAGUGCGACUCGGCGGUGGUCGUGAUGGGGAUGCGGCGGCCGGACGAGUGGCCGGAGGUGACGUCAGCAAAGGCGUUCUUCUCUCUGGUAAACGUUGCAUUCGGCGGCCGGAGAAAGAUGCUGCGGAAUAGCCUCCAGGCGUCACAGCACGAUCCUGCGGCGAUUAGCGAAGCGCUCGAAGAAUUGGGUUUGGACGUAAAGGCUCGUCCGGAACAGCUUUCUCUGUCGGACUUUCUGACUCUCUUCCGGAAGCUCGAGGCGGUACGAAUCAGCAAAAAGACGGUGGUUCAGGAAGCUUAGUACGAGGUUUAGGUGAAGGUACUGCAAUCAGUACAGUCAAUGACUAAGGUGUGAGGUUAUGGCGACGCAACUCUCUGGACUGAUGUUCUGGCAAAAAAAGAAACUGCAUGUUCCAAAAGUGUUGGAUUAGGAUCUUGAGGUGCGCUGACUAACGACUACUUUAGAUGCACAUCCUUACGUAUUGACCUCUGAGAACCAUCGAGACAGGGCUCAAAACGGCCCAGUUUGGAAGCCCAUUUAGGCCGUUGAUGAGGUGAUUCAACAAUCAAAACGUCGGAAAGUCACUGAGUCCAACUACUUCCUGCGACGGUCAUGUGACGACAUGCCCGAACUAGUGUAGCUGAACGUGUGUUACAAACCUGUCGAUCCGACGAUAAUACUUGAGUUAUAGGCCCA